CUUCAGAUUUAUGACACUAGCUGUCAAAUAUGUGUGACAAUCAAUAUAUUGCAAAACUUUGUGCCGAAUAUAGCGUCCCCCCUCUGGAAAAACCUCAUCGACUAAUCAGGGUACCCAAGCCAAAUUUCCUAGGCCCUAAUGACCGCGAUGCCGCUCUCAAACACCUAUCGCAUGCUCGACAUGCUGCAAGAGGUAUCAGAGAGCUGUACAGAGAUUAUGGAGCAACGAUCGGUCUCCACGGACAACAAAUGAGUGGAACCCCGAAUGCCGCAUUCACUUUGCAAGAACGCCAAGACGCCUUUGACCAUUUAAUGAGCAACGGCAUUUCAAUCGGAGUCGCGCAGGCAGUCGUGGACUUAUACCCCAAUCGAUCCUUCGAUGUCAAUGUACGUCGAGGUAACAGAACAAAACAUUCCCCUAAGAAUCGAGCUGUCAAGGACGAAAACCUUGACUGGCUGCAGCGUGCGACCAAGAACUAUCAAGAAGAUUAUGUGCAGCUUAUAGCGAGUCGUCACCCCAAACAGAGUAGUCUUGAUGAGUCCUUGGGAAUAGCGAUUGCUCAGAGAUCUUUCGAUAUUGCUACGGAGCUGCUUCGUUGGGGGGCCAAUCCAAACAAGUGUCAUCCAGAUUUCCUUUCUCACGCUGUGAGCGGAAACAUGAGCUGGACAAGACUACUCUUGAGCUCGCCUACGCAUGUCAUUGACCAAAGUGAAAGAGAUAAAGCGCUACAGGCGGCCGUCAUGAGUAAUAAUUUCAACAUGGUUUAUGCACUACUCUCUUACGGGGCAGAUGUAAACUACUCGUCUGGCCUACCCUUAGUAUCUGCCAUACGCACAAAUCAAGUUCGGAUCUUUGUAAUGUUGAUAUCUACGACACCGAGCCAACAAGCAUUGGAGAAGGCGAUGGAGUUUGCCUGCACUAUGGAUUCCCCCAUACCACCUCAUCAACCGAAAAUUCUCAGAAUCCUACUUUCAGCAGGUGCAAUUGUUUCUAAAGAAACUCUCCUGCAUUCAAUCGCCCAGGAAGACUACGAUACAGUUAGAUUACUGCUGGAUUUCCAGGCAUUAAACAAUGAGUUACGCUCUGAGGCCAUCACAUCCUGUCUUCAACUUGAUAGGGUCUCGAGGCUUCGAUUCGCUAAGCUUGUCACAGUCCAUCAGAUUGAUAGCUUAGUGUGGAAAGCUGCUCUACAUAUGUCAAUCCAGGAACAAGAUCUUCAUUUCUUGAAUCUCCUACUUGCGGACUGCGACGAACGGCAUUCGGAGCUUGAAGACGCUCUCGUCAUGGCAACAGAAACCCUCAAUCCAUCCCUGGUGCAAGCCUUGCUGUUCAGGGAGCCUGGAACUAGCGCAAUAGAGAGGGCUUUUGAAUUGAUGCUAGACUCAGAGAAGAUACACGACAGUAGCAAUUCCUUGACUAUUUGUCUUGCGCUUCUCAAAUGUAAUCCCAAGCAAUCACUCAAGGAUCGUGCUCUUCUCCAGAGUUUAAAAGGCUACAAGAAAGAGCAAUCUGAUUUCUUUUGGGGAUUGAUCCGCAGAGGGGCAAAUGUCAACACAGAAUCAUGUGCCUGCUUUGUUACUGCUGGUCUACUGGACGAUCUCGAGGUCUUUAAUCUACUACUCUGUUACAAGGCCAACUUCGACUUGGUCGUCGAGACACUCAUUGAUCACUUUCAGCACGCGCAAUAUGAGCGUUUGUUUGACCUUGUUUCCGCCACGCUGAAUCAUGAAAAUUAUGAAAGCAGAAAUCCGGGAGUCGAUGUGGUCUUCAAAGCUAUGCGCCGGUUCAAUGGACACGAGUUGAUAAGGUUGCUAGUAGAUCAUGGUUAUCCUGCAGGGGAGACUUUGCCCCGGAUUGGUGGCAAUGGAGAAGCUGUUACACCACUCAUUUGGGCCCUUGAAUGGGCAAAAGCCGAAAUUAGCGACAGUCUUAUACUGGAGUUGUUGAGAAGAGAGGAACGAGCAAACGCAAACUUUAUGACAGAGAUUUCCGGAACUACUGCCAUCAGCUUAGCAGCUCGAUUCAGGCGGCAUAAGAUACUUGAGAGGCUGAUCGAAAUGAAGGUUGGCCUGUCGGCAGUUGAUUCUUCGGGGAGAUCCCCCCUUUUCCAUGCUACAGCAAAUGAGGAUAGCACGUCAGUCCGCUUCCUGCUAGAAAACGGUGCGCAGCGCAAUGAUGGAAGCUUACAGGAAGCCUCCCGUCUUUGCAACACAGACAUGAUAGUGCUACUCAUCGACAAGCACCAUGAUCCAGAUUUCCCCAGCCACAUACACGAAGGGAGAACAGCUCUGGGAGAGCUCUGUCACCGAGCUACGCUGAAGACGGGACAAGAAGUUUCAGGCGCAUAUGAGGCAAUCAAAAUGCUUAUCCGUGUGCGUUCCGACUUGAGUCGUAGGGUGAACGGGAAGUCCAUUUUACACUUGGCUCUAGACAACGAGCAGCCGGUGGAAAUUACCAGACAACUGUUGCGGUUCCCGAAGAUCUACAGGAACAUUUGCACAGACUCGGAGUUAUUCAUCUAUGAGGAUGCGCAGGGAAUAUUCAUGUCCCCAGACUUCUACGUCAGACAAUAUUCCAAACACACAGAAGAUAUCAAGUCAUCACUCGUCACUCUGCUGCGAAAUAGUGGGUGCAAGGAGAAAUGGUUCGUUAUGGGUCAUCGUCAAGUUCCCAGACCUAGGGGUCUCCCGCCUUUGUUGAAGGAAGCGACAGAGAGGCAAAUGUUGUCGAUUUUGAACAAAGAUGCGCCAUUCAGCGACAGCAUGACGGUACAAACGCCAAUAUCGAUGACAUGUAUCGAUAUCAUAGGGCUGCUAUGGCACAUAGCAAGCAGAUGACUAUACAACGGCGUGAACAUAGGCAAAUUGAACAUUCUAACGAAAUGGGAUACAUGCAGGAGAGUAAAGAAUUGCAGUUUUCACAUCAACACCGGAUGAUUGAGAGUCAAGAGGACGCUGAGAAGCGUAGCACGGCUAGAGCCAUGGAGAGAAUGGACCAUCAGGACACAAGUGUACAACGUGCAGUGGAAGGCCAACGAAGUAUAUAUGCUUUACAGGCAGGGAAAGAGGAUUCAAAUCAGCUCGCUAUUGAGUAUGAGCAACCAGAUUGACUAUGUGGCGGAUAAUCGGUUUUGUUACCCAAAUAUUUCAAGUCUGACAAUGGAAUGAGUGGCGUCAGAAUGUUGUCUAUAGGUUAUGAAGCACUGUUGGACUAUGAAUACGUUUUAGAUAUCAUUCAUUCAUG